AUGGGUGAGCGAGCCCACCACAGAGCCCAAGUGUGCUCUGGCACCAACCUCAGGAAGUGCCAGGACCUAGGAGACUCAAUUCUUCUGAUUCUGGGCAGUUUCAUCUUGCUCAAUGUGGGAAUCAAUGUGGUGAUUCUGCUCUGGAAGCAUCUGAAGAGCUCCUUGCGGAUUCUUUUCCAUCAUUUUUUCCCCAAAGACAAGCAACCCAGCUGUAUAGGCAGUCAUCCCAUGUGUAUGCGCUGCUCCGUGGAUCCCAAGAACCUGUUCUCAAGAGUCUCUUCCCGCUUCCAUCAUCACCCAAGCCUCCUGCUCGGGCACCCUAAACACCUCGACUCCUGGAUACCAGACACGAAUGAUGAGAAAGCUUCUAGGUGCUGCUGCAUGCCACCUCAGUAUGGACAGGCCAGGGCUCCCGUGGAGGCUCCAUGGGGACUAUGGAAGGAGGGGAUGAUGGGAGUUGGGGAGGCCUCUCAGGUCCCAGCCUUAAAGACCCAAGCCACCUUUAUCUCCAAGCAAGAGACAUCUUCCCAGUUCCCCAGGAUGAGCAAGUUGGACACGGUUCCACUCCACUUGCCCCAGAAGAGCAAGACUAAGACCCCAGACUAUGAUCCAAUCCAUGCCCCGACCCAGGCCCCAACCCACUCCCCAGUCCACCCCCCGGAGCACACCCACCCCCAGGUUCAGAUCCGCUCCCUAGUCCACCACCCUGAGCACACUCCCACCCAGGCCCAGACCCACUCCUCAGGCCACUCCACUGAGCACACCCCCACCCAGGCCCAGACCCACUCCCCAGGCCACCCGUCUGAGCACACCCCUGCCCAGGCCCAGACCCGCUGCCCAGGCCACCCGCCUGAGCACACCCACCCCAAAGUUCAGAUCUGCUUCCCAGGCCACUCCCUUGAGCACACCCCUGCCCAGGCCCAGACCCACUGCCCAGGCCACCCCCCUGAGCGCACCCACCCCAAGGUUCAGAUCUGCUCUCCCAGCCAUCCCCCUGAGCACACCCCCGCCAAGGCCCAGGGCCCUGAGCACACCUUAGUCCACACCCUGGGCCACAGUCCUGAGCACAUAACAGUCCACACUCCAGCCCGCACCCUGGCCCAGGCUCAUCUAAACUAUACUCACGCCCAUACCCUGAUCCCUGCCCCAACCUCUGUCCCAGCCCCUCCUCCAACUUCUGCCCCUGCCACUACUCCUGCCCCAGCCCCUACACCAGCCCCUGUCCCAAUCUCUGCCCCAACCCCUGCCCCAGCAUUGGUCAUGGCCAUGACUACCACUCCAGUCCCUGCUCCUGUCCCUGCCACCACCCCUACUCACAUCCUAACUCCUAUUCCCUCUCCCCCGGCUGCCUUCAGCCAAGGCCUCUCCACUGGCCAUGUGGUCUACAAUGCCCGCAGGGUUAGGCAGAACUUAUUCCAUGUGUGCCCCCCGCCAAACUCUGAAUAUUCCAGAAAGUACUUGGGCACCCUUUCCAGGCCCCAAGAGGGACAGGGCCCAGUGAGCUCUGGUACAGCUAAGCCAACAUUGAACCAACGUAGUGAGGACAGUGCCAAGCCCUCCACAGGAUCCAUACUGGGUUACCUGGAGUUGGGGAAUAUGGAAUGGAAGAUCUCAAAUGAUGCCAAAGACAAGUUCUUACAGCCCAAGACCUUCCCUUACUGCAGCUUCCAUCCUUGCAGUUCUGAGAGGAGAAACACAGACUCCCAAGCUCCAGUCUACCCCAAAUUCCUGGUCUACUCCAAGGAUGCUACACCUUCUCAACCUUGCUUUCAUUCUCCAACCAAUGCCCGGAGCUCACCAUGCACCAUUCCUCCACCAUGCACUCUUUCUCUGCCUCUUGUUUCUCCCAGAUCCUUUGUCCUUCAUCAAGCUGCCAACAACCAGAAGCCCUCCACCAUAAUACAAACUCCUACCUCUCCCCCAACCUCCAAGUCUACUCAGUCUGUCCCCUCUUCCCAGUUUCCCAUCCCUCUGCAGUUCUCCACCAUUUCCCAACCCCCAAUCCAACCCCAAUCUCCUGAAUUUCAUGAGAGUCUAGGCCUCACCCAAGACUCUGGCCUCCAAAGGACCCCAAGCCCUUCAAAAGACUCUAAAGUUCCCAGGAACCCAGGUCUUACCCAAAAUCCAGGCCUGCACAAGAACCCAGGCCUUACCCAAAAUCCAGGCCUCUACAAGAACCCAGGCCUUGUUCAAGAUCCAGGCCUACGUAAGCGCCCAGGCCCUACCCAAGACUCUAGCCUUCACAAGAAUCCAGUCAUUACGCAAGAUUGUGGCCCCCAAAAGAGCCUAGAUCCUACCCAAGAUGCAGGUAUCUUUAGGAGCACAUGUCUCACCCAACACUCUGGCCUCCACAAGAACACACCAUUUCCCCAAACUUCUGACAUUCAGAGGACCUCAGGCUUUAUGCAAGAGACUGGAGUUUCUAGGAAUCUAGAAGGAAACCAAGAGACUGUACUCUACGAAAGUCAAGAUCUCUCCCAAAAAACUGGUCUCCAAAACAUCCCAGGCCCUUCUAAAGAAUGUGGAGGUUACAAGAGUGCAGGAAAUGACCAAGAUCCAGGAGUCUAUGGGAGUCUAGGCCUUACCCAAGAUUCUGACCCCCAGAAGAACCCAUACUUUCCCCAAGACUCUGGAGUCAACAAGAGCUCAGGCCUUUCCCAGGAAUCUGGUCUCCACAAGAGCCCAGGCCUUGUCCAAACCUCUGGCCUCCAUAAGGGCUCAGGCCUUACCCAAGACUCAGGAGACUACAAGAAUCCAGAGACUACAAGAGACAAUAAGAAUACUCAAGGUUCUGGAGUCUACAGGAGCCUGGGCCCUACUCAAGAUUCUGACCUCCAUAAGAAUCUACAUCCUACCCAAGUCACUGAAGUUGAAAGGAAAUGUGGUCUUACCCAAGAUGUUGGAACUCAGAGGAGCCCAGAACAUACCCAAGACCCCAAAUGCCACAAGAACCCAGGAAUUAAUCAAGAUCCUGGCCCCCAUAAGGGCCCAGCCCUUACCCGAGACUCUGGCCUCCCCAAGACUCAAGGCCAUACCAAGGAAUCAGGCCUCCACAAGGACACAUGCCUUAUCCCAAAUCCUGACCUCCACAAGAACCCAUACCUUGCUCCAGGUACUGAGUCUGUCCAAGUCUUGGGCCCACCUCAGACCGCAAAGUCAACACUGUCCCCGAUGAAGUCAUCUGUAUCUGUGGAGACUCCUCAGAAGGAGGAUGCAGAGCAGCACAUACUAUGGACUUCUGUCCCACUCAGCCCGAACUCCUGCUCUUCCAAGGCGCAGGUGAUCUACAAUGACCUGCAAACCUUCUCAGAGGUACCUGUACUAAUUGAGCUGCAACCAUUGUCUCGGCGAGCAGGUAGCCAAGACUGGAUGUACCACCCUGUGGAUACUAUUCCUCCAGCCUGCCAGAACUAUCGCCAGAUGUCUAUGCCUCCCCAAAUCAACUGGAAGCCCCACUGUCCCGGGCAAGGCACCCGGGUAGGACAGGUGGUCUUUGAUGCCCGCCAGAGACAGUUUGGAGUGGGCAGGGACAAGUGUGAAGCUCCAUCUCCCAGGCGCCUUCGCCAAGAGGUACCCAGCAAUCACCAGAGACCAUCAAGGAGUGGGGAUAUCAGUGUGUGA